GUCGUCCAAGCAAAGUCGCGGAUCCCAAAUGGAUCCAGGCAGUCACGGACACAGUUCUUGCGAACAGCCAGGAUUCGUCAAUUUGGCUGCCAGAGCAGGGCCGCCACCAGCGGGUUUUGACGAGCUCGUUGCUCAGUAUGUGGCUGGGUUGCGGGUAUACCAAAGAACUCAAGUGGACCCAAUGGUACAAGAUAUUCAUGUUCCACUGUCAGCCUUGGGCCAAAGAGGCUACACGGAAAACUGACAUGUGUGACCAUUGUGUUUACUUUGACACGACUCUGGAGCCAGGCCUGCGAAGAUUCAUCAAAGAUGCUCGCGCAUCUCUUAUGGAAUAUCUACCGGAUUACUUCCAGGCUUUGAAGAUCGAAGACCAGGAGUCCGUUCUGGAAGUUGCCAAGAAGCUCAAUGCGUUCAUAGACAAGCAUGGCGAGCGAAACCGUGCAGGGCGACAGAAACUUAAGGCCAGAGCUGUCGAUCUGCAUUCGUUGGAAGCAAAGAUAUGUCACGAGCUCCGUUUCGAGAUCCAGAUCGCGGAGUCGUAUGCCUGGCAUAAACAGACAGCACUGCGCCAAGCGAACGCCGUUUACGAGCAAAGGACCGGUCUACAGUCCGGUCAAUGUCUUAUUUGGACGGACUGGAAGCAAAACAUUACACUGCCACUUGCCACGAUACAGACAGGCACGAUGUUCUAUGGGCCUGCACGUCAAGAACUGUCAUGCAUUGCUUUCGUGGUGUUUAGUGGCACACCUUCAGGCAUAGUCCAAGAAAACUUCGUAUACUUCAGUGAAAUUAUCGAGCACACAGCGCUUGCAAGUACAGUCUUCUUCGGGCAGCUGAAGCAGUUUCUCCCGCAACCAGGAAGACUACAACACGUGGGUGUCUGGAUGGACUGCGGUGGCCACUUCCGGUCAUACAGCACAAUCGCUUACCUUGCCAAAGAGUAUUGCGGUCAUUUUGGUUGUCCCACCACCAUCAACUACUUCGGGGAGAAACACGGCAAGGGCUUGGUUGAUGCGGCCUUCGCUACUGUAAAUCGGUGGAUUUCCUCUUAUCUGAGCCACGGAGAGGACCGGCAGAUCAGUUCUCUAGCAGAGUUGGUUCGUAUUUGUCAAGCAGCGGCUGCGAAAGCCAAUAAAGAAGACGAUGGCGGCAUUCGGUGGAAGGUCUUGCAGUACGACUCCGACUUGAAGCCUGCAAAGCGUCACCUCAUGGAGGAAGGCCUUUUUCAGAUACAGCGCACCUAUUGCUUGCGUGUUGAAGCUUCUUUUGGCCGUUAUGAUCGGCUGAAGAUCAUCAACAAGGUUUUUUCCGAUGAGCACGGUGGACCCGUGACCAGCUUUACUCCGAAGUUCUUCCUUGAGGACGUCGAAGAUCGCUCUUGGAGGAAGGGCUACUUUGGGAAUCGAAAUUGGGAGCGGCGAAAGCCACAACGAGGCGAAACCACUACGUUGAUGUCCCGACGACACUCGCAGCAACACAUCCCUCGGGCCAAGCUCACAACUGCUUGGCAGGACCGGGCCGCAAGACAAGCUCGAGCAUUGGAGCGCCGCCGCGCGGCCAGGCGCAGAAAAUUGGCUGUGGCUGAGGGCGCAGAGCAAGCAUCCUCGACCUCUUCUUCGAGUUCGUCAGAGUCAGAUUCGAGUUCAGAGAGCUCCUGA